UACAGACCGUCAAUAAACCCUUCUCCCGCCAGUUCCACUUCCCGCUAAAUUGUGCACUCUACCAUAACCAUAGCGCCAUUUCCUUCCUCCGCCGUUUCCUUCCCCUGUAUUUCGAUUUCUCAUUUUCUCCAAUGGCGCCUUCUCAGAAAUUGACGGAGUACGAGCGUAAGAGGCUGGAAAACAUCAAGCGCAACGAGGAAAUGCUCGCCGCCUUCAAAGUUCAUUCCCACCUCUCAGAUCUCUCUGCUGCAACUGCCGCCGCCAAAUGUCCCAGGGUGCAGAAAAAGUCCUUUAAAUUGAGUCCGAUGAAGAAACCAAAAAAUGAGGCGCCCACUGUGCUUCGUCGUUCUCUAAGGACUCUGGGAAAGCCUCCAGAUGCAUCUACAGCUGGUGGCCUGGGUCAUGAUUUCGUUGAAUCCAAAAUCGGGAACAAACUGGAGCAAGAAGACUCACUGUCGAAAUUGCUUAGUGAGGCUGUACCUAUCACUAUGAAAGAUGCCUAUCAGGGUGUUACUACAGACUCAAACGAACAAUUAAUUGAAAACAUUAAGAGUUUGUCGAGAAAACCAAAAUCGGAUGAGAAGGCUGAUCAAGAUCCUAACUUUUGUGAUCUUAAGAAGAUGUCAAGGCCUUCAUGUUCAGUAGAUAUUGACUCAUUGAGAUUGAAACCGGAAAAUAUUGCUCGGGUUGUGCCAGGAAGAAUACUUAGUGUGAAGUUUUUCCCAACAACGGAGAUGAGAAUGGUUGUCGUAGGAAACAAGUUUGGAAAUAUAGGUUUCUGGAAUGCUGAUGCAAAAGAUGGAGUGGGAAUUUAUGUUUACCAAACUCAUUCUGGUCCAGUAUCAGGGAUAGUGAUUGAACCAUUUACAAAGUCAAAGAUGAUUACAUCUUGUUAUGAUGGGUUUAUCAAGCUGAUGGACAUUGAGAAGGAGUUAUUUGAUUGCAUAUAUUUAAGUGACUAUUCUAUAUAUGCUAUAUGUCAAAGUCCAGACAAUAUGAAUUCAUUAUAUUACACAGAAGGGAGAGGUAAUCUUGGAAUAUGGGAUUUGAGAGCUGGAAAGUCAUCAUCAUCCUGGAAUUUACAUGGAGAGAGGAUCAACUCUAUAGAUUUCAACUCCGAGAAUAUAAAUACUAUGGUUACAAGCUCUUCUGACAAAACUGUCUGUAUCUGGGAUAUGAGAAAUGCUGGCUCCGAGAAACUAAAACCAUUGAGAACUAUCCACCAUAAAAAAUCUGUGCAUUCUGCGUACUUUUCACGAUCUGGCCGACUUCUUGCGUCAACAAGUUUUGAUGACAAAAUAGGCUUGUCAAGUGGAGCUAAUUAUGAAGAUGUAAGUAUGAUUCAUCACGAUAAUCAAACAGGCAGAUGGAUUUCCUCCUUCAGAGGUAUAUGGGGCUGGGAUGAUUCCUAUAUAUUCAUUGGAAACAUGCGAAGGGGAGUCGACGUCGUUUCAACAGGGGAAAAGCAAAUUCUUAAGACAUUACGGAAUAAGCAUAUGUCUGCUAUACAGUGCCGCUUUGAUGCACACCCCUACAACGUUGGGAUGCUUGCAGGCGCUACGAGUGGGGGUCAGGUGUAUCUUUGGACACCUUAGCUAGCACAACAUUGCAUGUUUCUCAUCUUGAGAUUUGCUUGAAUUGGUUGUCUUACCAAACUACUGCCGAGCUGCUAACAUUUCAUGUUAUAUAGAAUAGCUGAAAUAUUUUGUAUCACUAGAUUUCCUUAAUCUGAUCUCAAGACUAUCAACUUUGAUCUUUGGUUGUAUCAUUAGUACGUGGCUGGGAUGUGGAACCCAAUUUAGUGGAGUUGGUUUACAUUGCACAUAGCUCGGGUGGUCUCGGUUCCAGUUUCACACCAGUACUAGGCAUAAAUGUGCAACUAUAAAGCAUCUAUUAUGUCUCACAUGUCAUUCUGUUUGUCCAUUUGAUCACUACACCAGUACCUCAAAUGUCAUUCUGUUUCACAUAGCUCCGGUGGACUUGGUUUACAUUGCACAUAGCUCGGGUGGACUCAGUUCCAGUUUCACACAAGAUUUCCGGUUUUACAUUGCAUAUAAAAACCAAAUUGUGCACCCAAUUUUCGGUUAUGGACUGGAACUGGUAGCCAGUACCGACUCAAUUAGUUUCGUGUUCACAAAGUUAUGGCUUUACCUGAUGGGUUCUGUAAAUCCGUGUUUAGUUUUGUUCUUUUAAAUAAUCAUAAUCAGUUACCUAUAUAUGGAUUAUAUGCUAUUUUGCUAUUCAAACACUUCAUCUCACAUGUCAAUCUGUUUGUCCAUUUGAUCACUACAAAGCAUCUAUUAUAUGCACUUG